CUUUACAGAAGCUCGACUGUUAAGGGGAGAGACAGGUCCAUGGCGUCUUCCAGUCAUCAGCUGUUGGAUAUCAUUGGUUAUUGUAUCCAGCAACCCCGGUAUUAUGGAGGUGAUUACAUUCACAAAUGCCUCAAGACAUUGUUGCAGAGAAAUGCAACAAAGAGAGGAGCUUUCCCCCUCAGAACUUCCGUUCCUUGCUCUAUGAUGGAGAGUAAACUAGGGAAAAGAUUUUUCUCCUCUGUCAAUGUCACGAGAUGCCUUCCAAAGCUUGUGAAUACUUGCUGCUCUCGUGCACUGCCUUUGACAAAAGAUGAAGCUAUUUCCUUCAAUGAAAGCUUUUCCACGACAGUCUGA